AUGGUUUGUACUUCAACUAGAGCUGGAUUUGGAGGCCUCAUUCGUAAUGGUGCAGGCUUUUAUCUUGCUGGCUUCUCAAGGUUUAUUCCGUCCUCUACAGAUAUUUUGCACGCGGAACUUUCAGCAAUUUCUCACGGUCUUAAAAUGGCAAAGGAUAUGGGUCUUGCCCCGGUAGCUUGCUAUUCAGACUCUAUUCUUGCUAUCAAUACGAUCAAGGAAUCAUACUCCAAAUAUCACGUCUAUGCGGUGUUGCUUCAUGAAAUUCAAAAACAACUUUUUCAGGAUGGUGGAUCUCUUCAUCACACGCUCCGCGAAGGAAACCAAUGUGCUGACUUUCUCGCCAAGCUGGGAGCUUCGACUGAUGCCAAUCUGGUCGUGCACCUUCAGCCUCCUCAUGACCUUCGUCCGCUGCUUAGGCUAGAUGUUCAAGGAACUUUGUUCUUAAGAGCUUAG